AUGGUCACAACCAUGAAUACCUCAGAUGAAAUAGAGCAGAUGUUCCAGCCCUACAACUUCGAACUGUGCCGGGACAUGAGGCCCUAUUUGGAGGAGUACUGGGCAACCUCAUUCGCCAUAGCUCUGAUCUACCUGCUGGUCAUAUUCGUGGGGCAAAACUACAUGAAGGCACGGAAGGGCUUCAACCUGCAGGGACCUCUCAUCCUUUGGUCCUUCUGCCUUGCAGUCUUCAGUAUCCUCGGGACACUGAGGAUGUGGGGCUACAUGGGGACCCUGAUGCUUAAGGGGAGCCCAAAGCAAACUGUAUGCUUCUCCUCCUUCACCAACAGUCCCAUAAUCCAAUUCUGGUCCUUCCUGUUUGUUCUCAGCAAGGUCGUUGAACUUGGAGACACAGCCUUCAUCAUCCUGCGGAAGCGGCCGCUCAUCUUUGUGCACUGGUACCACCACAGCACGGUGCUGGUGUACUCCAGCUUCGGAUACAAGGACAGGGUGGCUGCAGGCGGCUGGUUCAUGACCAUGAACUUUGGUGUACAUGCCAUCAUGUACACCUACUACACUAUGAAGGCUGCCAAAGUGAAGUGCCCCAGGUGGUUUCCCAUGCUCGUCACCAGCCUGCAGAUCCUGCAGAUGUUUAUAGGAGCCAUUGUCGGUAUUCUGGCUUACAUCUGGAGACAGGAAAAGGGAUGUCAUACCACAAGAGAACACCUCUUCUGGUCCUUCAUCUUGUAUGCAACCUAUUUCGUCCUCUUUGCCAAGUUCUUCCACCAAAACUACAUUAUGCCCAAGAUCAAAGCCAAGACCAAGAGCCAGUGA